UAAUGUUUAUUUAAUUUCUCUCUUUCUAAGGUGCGUCUGAACUCUGCAGAAAGUUCAGAUGUGCUGAAGCGCUGGGCAGAGCAUCUGUGUUCUCCUCAGGUAAAUCAGAAAUCAAAGGCCAUCCUGGUCCUGCUCUCAUUAGGAUGCUUUCACAAAGUGGGCAAAAUGCUUCACAGCAUGAGAUAUUUCGACCGUGCUGCACUCUUUAUUGAAGCCUGCUUGAAAUAUGGUGUGAUGGAGACAAAUGACGACAUUAAUAAGCUUAUAGGUGUGGCCUUUGUGGACUACGCUAAGCUGCUUCGCUCCAUCGGUCUGAAACAGGGUGCUGUGCUAUGGGCAUCUCGAGCUGGAGAGGCAGGAAAGGAGUUGCUGGAUGAGCUGUCCCAAACAGAGGGUACGGUGCUAGAGUCCAGCCCUAGUGAGGAGGAAGUGGAUAACUCUCUAGGUAAUAUAGAAUGACUUGCCCCAAAUGGAGGGAAAGGAGAAGAUAUGUAAAGAAAUACGAUGCAUAAAUAUCUUUAAAACUCACUCCCAUAAGCUUAUAGCACCCAUAAGCAUGCAAGUAGUUGAGAAACACAUGUAUUUUCAUUUAAAUUAAUUGUCUGGAUUCUAAAUCUUUUAAAUUCUCUGCUGGUUGUGAGAUUUGUUGUACCCCAAGACAUUCCCUUAGCACCUGUUAUCCUGCUGUAAAGUAUUCCAAACCUGUUCUUGCACUUACUUUAUCAACUAAACAUUGUCUUUGUGAAUUAAAACAAUCUAAAAUAAAGUAAAAAAUAAUGAUGAUAAUUAACAAAAAUACAUUUAGAAAAUCUUUAUGCCGUUAGUAUAGAGAGGGGUAAAAAACUUUUCUUUUUCCACUUGGAUCCAGGUCUCCAGAAAUUUACUGUAUUUGUAUAUUGUCUUGUUGAAAUCAGAUGUGACCUUAUAUGUUUGAUGUUUGGGCUUGAUGAAUGGACCUUUGUGUCUGUGAUUUACAAAAUAGUUGUUUUUUUGUUUGUUUUUUUAAUGAUUGAUUCAUUGAUUGUUGAAAUGCCCUGCCUUGUUUUGGUAUGAUUGUGAGUAAUGAUUUGUCAUGACUUCAUAAUUAAAUGUCAUUCCUGUUUAAAUAUUUGUCAUGAAUGUUUUAGGUGUUUGAGCUUACUGUAUGGAGAUAUAUAGGUAAAGCAAUAAAUAUAGCUUGUACCAUC